AUGGACCAGUUUCCUAGAUUGUAUGCUUUGGAAGUUAAUAAAGAUUGUGUUAUCGCUGACAGAUGUCAAGAUGGUAAUUGGGAGUGGUCUUGGAUUAGACAAAUAAAUGGUGGUCAUAUAACUGAUCAGUUAUUGGUGUUGCGUUGCUUACUUGAAAAUGUUAAUAUCACUAAGGGUAGUGAUUCUUGGAGUUGUGAUCUUGAUAUUGAGGGUAGAUUCACGGUCAAGAGUGCUCACAUUCAUAUUGAUGAGGUUAUUAUUCACUCGAGUAAUAUACCAACUCAAUGGAAUAAAUAUGCUCCUAUAAAGGUUAAUGUUUUGAUUUGGCGUGUCCUUUUACAUAAAAUCCCCACUAGGUUGAAUCUCAGUGGAAGAGGUAUUGAGGUUCAUUCUUUGUUAUGCCCGACUUGUGAUCGAUGUGUUGAAGAUACAAAUCAUGUGUUUCUGUUCUGUGAGGUUGCUGCCCAGAUUUGGUCUUGA